AUGAGGAUGGAGGGCAGGGAGGAGAUGCAGGGCGCCGUGGGGCUACGCUGUACCUGGGACAUCCCGCCACCCGCUGGCACCCAGGCCAAGUGGGUGAGGCUCAAUGUGGGGGGCACCGUCUUCCUCACCACCAGGCAGACCCUGUGUCGGGAGCAGAAAUCUUUCCUGUGUCGCUUGUGCCAGGGCGAGGAGCUGCAGUCGGACCGGGAUGAAACUGGUGCAUAUCUAAUAGAUCGAGACCCCACUUACUUUGGACCGAUUCUGAAUUUCCUCCGUCAUGGGAAGCUGGUCCUUGAUAAAGAUAUGGCUGAAGAGGGGAUCCUUGAAGAAGCUGAGUUCUAUAACAUUGGUCCUUUGAUCCGAAUAAUCAAGGAUCGAAUGGAGGAGAAGGACUACACAGUGACACAGGUGCCUCCUAAGCAUGUCUACCGUGUGCUGCAGUGCCAGGAAGAGGAGCUCACUCAGAUGGUUUCCACUAUGUCAGAUGGAUGGCGCUUUGAGCAGCUUGUGAACAUUGGCUCAUCCUAUAAUUAUGGGAAUGAGGAUCAGACAGAAUUCCUCUGUGUGGUCUCCAAGGAGUUGUACAACUCCCCCAAUGGCCUGAGUUCUGAGCCCAGCCACAAAGCCAAGAACACAGAGGACCUGGAGGAGGAAGAGCAGGAGGUGGAGGAGGAGGCAGAGGCAGAAGCAGAAGCAGAGGAGAAAGGUGCAGCAAAUCCCUGAGGAAAAUGAUAAAAAUAACCCCCCAGACAUAGACUCGUCCACCUUUCUGACUGUCCAUCUAUUCGGGAUUGUGCUAAACUCUCUUCCUGCGGACCCUCCCUCCUGCUCCCUUCCGUGUCCAUCCCAGCACUGUCAUCUACCUCCCACAUUGCCCCACUCGCCAGCCUCCAGCAUCCUUCCCUCUGC